AUGCAGUCGAAGGGCAUGCCGCGCGCUUCUGUCCCCACCAGCACCCAAAUUUUACAAUUCAAAUACCACAACCGUAACCGCCACAACUUGCACAACCAAAAUCUUAACCACAAGGCCAGCGCCGACUCAAGCAAGUUUGCAAUGUGGUUCUCCAAGUCCAAUUUUGAGGUCAAGGGCAAAACAGCAAUAAUAGUAGGUGCAUCGCAAGGUCUCGGGGUAGAGCUAGCCAAACAGCUCUAUUUACAAAACUGCACCGUUAUCCUCGUGGCUCGUACAACGAAAAAACUCGAGUUUCACGCUGACCAAAUCUCCCAAUUGACGGUUCCGUCGACUCAUACCGCAAAAGCCACUUACUUCACUUGCGAUGCCGCCAGCUAUGGCAACUGCGAGGAACUAUGGAAGAAUGUUGCAGCUGGCGGCUACGAACCCGAUAUCAUCAUGUGCUGUGCUGGAUCCAGUGUGCCCAAGCUCUUCGCCGAUUUGACCGCUGCCGAUUUGCAAUUGGGCAUGGACGUCAACUACAAGACCGCCAUUAAUGUCGUGCACGCGGGGUUCAAGCAUAUGAUGGCGGUCAACCACCAGAUACGCCCGCAGGAGUGGACGAAGCGCAACGUGGUGUUGUUCAGCUCCGUCGUGGGCUUAUUCCCAUUCAUUGGCUAUGCGCAGUAUGGGCCAAUGAAGUCCGCCGUCGACUCGCUCAGCUUGAUCUUGAGGCAGGAGUUGAAGCCGUAUAAUUUCCGAGUGAGCUGCGUAUACCCGGGCAACUUUUUGAGCGAAGGGUACGAAGAAGAGCAAAAGACCAAGCCUGCUAUAACUCGCGAGAUUGAAGGUCUGAGUCCCGCGAUUAGCGGCGAGGAGUGCGCCAGCAUUGUGUUGGACCAGCUACAGAAGGGGUACGACUCCAUCACCACCGACUUCAUCGGGUGGGUUUUAAGCUGUAGCGUGCUUGGCACGCGGCCUAGACAGUGGGGGUUGAUUCAAGUGGUUGUUGGGUUGAUUUUCCUGAUUAUCGAACCGAUUGUUCUGUGGACCAUUCAAAGAGAUAUUUCGAAAUCCGUCAAGUAA